AUGAGUAAUUGGAUUGAUUCUUAUUGUAAAGCUGAGAAUGCAGGAAUCUCUGAUCAUUGCCCUUUAGUGGUUUGCUUUGAAAAUACACUAAAUGACAGGAAAAUCAUUUUUAGAUUCUUUAAUAUUUGGUGUAGUCAUCCUAGAUAUUAUGAGAUUGUUAGCAACUUUUGGAAUGUCAGAAGGAUGGGUUCUAAAAUGUAUCAAGUGUAUCAGAAGUUGAAAUAUCUCAAGCCUGAGUUGAGGAGUCUGAACAAAAGGGAUUUUAGUGAUAUCUCUGGCAAAGUUAAUCAAACUAGAGUAUUACUUGGUGAUCUUCAAGCUGAGUUGAUAAAGGAUCCCUUUAAUGAAAUCAUGCAUGAUGAGGAAAGAGCCAUUAGUAUUCAUAUUCACAAGAUUAUGACUUGGGAAGAAAGCAUCCUAAGGCAGUCUAGGAAGAAAAUUCUUUCUGUUAAGCUGAAUGAUGGUAGCAUCUGCAAAGAAGCUGACAAAAUUAAAGAGAUGAUUGUUAAGCAUUUUGAAGACUUUAAUGGCUCUAAGAAUUCUAAUAGACAAGCAAACUCAACUAUUAUUACUUUGAUCCCCAAAGUAGACUGCCUAGAGACAAUUGAAGAAUACAGACCCAUUAGUUGUAGCAAUGUCAUUUACAAAGGAAUCUCUAAGAUCAUAGCCAGAAGAAUCAGCAAAUUACUAAACAAAAUCAUUAAUUCUUUUCAGUCUGAUUUUGUAGCAGGCAGGAACAUAGCUGAUAAUAUCUUAUUGGCUCAUGAAGUGGUCAGGAACUACCAUAAAGGUAAAGGGAAUAACUGUGCUCUUAAAGUGGAUAUCCAGAAGGAUUAUGAUUCCCUUGAAUGGGACUUCAUUGAAGAGGUGAUGAAUGAUUUCAGUUUCCUUGCCAGAUUUAUUAAGUUAACCAUGAAAUGCAUUAAGUCCUCUAUGUUUUCUAUAAUGGUUAAUGGAGAAAUUGUGUGGCCCCUAAUCACCACAGAAAAGCACUAUUUUUUCAAUGGUGUCAACUUAGUUAAUAAGUCUGAGCUUCUUAGGAUAAUUGGCUUCCAGGAGGGCACUUUACCAGUGAAGAAGCAUGGGCUUGUAAAUUGGAAUAAUGUGUGUUAUAAUAAAAAUGCAGGAGGGCUUAGCAUUAAAUCUGUGAUGCUUUGGAAUAUUGCUGCCUUAGUGAAGCAUAUUUGGGGUCUAGUUACUGAGAAGGCUUCUCUGUGGGCUAAGUGGGUGUCUGCUAACAAGCUGAAGAGAUUAAGUUUCUAG